AUGAUUAACUACAUCCAAGUUAGGGCUUUGGUGAACGACCAUCUACAUGAGCUAAGCGGCGUUCUACGCUCUCGGGUCAAUGCCCCUCUUCAUGCGAAUCCCGAGCUUGGCUACCAAGAGCAUUUUGCGCAUGACACCAUCACGACUUUUCUUGGAGAACUUCAGCCCAAGGUUGAGAUUUCAAAGAAGACUUAUGGACUAGAAACCAGUUUUGAAGCUAGAUUUGGCUCUGGCGGUCGUCUAGUGAUAUUUUGUGCUGAGUACGAUGCCCUUCCGGGUAUCGGCCACGCGUGUGGCCACAACCUCAUUGCGACCUCAUCAGUUGCAGCAUUCCUUGCUACAGCCCAUGCGCUCGCUCAGCUUCAGAUCCCCGGGCGGGUAAGACUUCUAGGUACACCUGCCGAGGAAGGCGGUGGUGGUAAGGCCAAGUUGAUCGACGCUGGUGCCUUUGACCCGCCGGAAGACGUUGCAGCCGCAAUCAUGGCUCAUCCGGUCGGUGCCCAUCAGAUCCUAGCUAAAGACGACGAAGUAGGUCUUGCGGCGCCGAUUCUUGUUGCGAACCACAAGUUCCAGGUCGAGUUCCACGGCAAGACAGCGCAUGCUGGAGGCGAGCCGUGGGAAGGCAGGAAUGCAUUAGACGCUGCAGUUUCUGCUUACAACAAUGUCGCGCUCCUGAAGAAGCAGACUCGCCCUGAUGACAAUAUCCAUGGCAUUAUUGAGGAUGGUGGUGUUGCGCCUGCCAUUAUCCCUGGCUACACUCGCAUGAGCUGGGCUGUUAGAUCCCCCACGUCUGAACGGAGCGAACUGCUUGCCGCUCGUGUCAAGAAAUGCAUGGAGGCUGGUGCAUUGGCGAGCGGGUGUACAGUCAAUUAUAUUGACUCACCCACUUACCAAGACCUUCGAGCAAAUAACACUCUAUGCCAGGCAUAUGUUGAGGAGAUGGCAUGUUUCGGCAAUAAUGUGUUCCUUAAGCAGAGAAUGGAAUUCCCUGCAUCAACAGACAUGGGUAAUGUAUCAUACCAUGUUCCCAGCUUUCAUGGUACCUUUGUUGCUUCGACUCUGGGCGUUCCAAUUCAUAGUCCCAAGUUUACCGCGGAAGCCGCUACAGAUGAAGCACAUGCCGCCGCGAUUGAGUGCGGCAAGGGAAUGGCUAUGCUUGCGCUUCGGGUACUCGCCGAUGAUCAAGUAGCGACAGGCGCGCGGGAAGACUUUAAGAAGAGCUAG